AUGACAAAUCUUGCUGCUAGAUUACAAACCCUGGGAAUGAAGGUAGAGGAGUCCUUUAUUGUUCAGUUUGUUCUGAACUCAUUGCCACCUCAGUAUGGUCCAUUCCAGAUGCAUUAUAAUUCUAUUAAGGAUAAAUGGAAUGUGAAUGAGCUGGCAAGUAUGGUAGUUCAGGAGGAAGUAAGACUGAAACAACAAGGGCAUUACUCUGCUAAUUUUGUGACCAAAGAAGCUGGAAAGAAAAAGCACCAUUAUAGUAAAAAGAAACGAAUUGGACCACCAAGAGGAAAGGAGCCUGGAAAUGUUAAUCAGGUUCAACAUAGUAGUACCAAAUGCUACUGGUGUGGGAAAAAUAGACACAUGAAAUCUGAGUGUCAGAAACGUAAGGCUUGGUUUGAAAAGAAGGGGAUACCUUACAAGCCAAACACCAAGCCCCAGUGAGCGAUUCAUUUUUAUGGGAAAUGAGAAUAAGGCUGAAGUUUUGGCCAUAGGGACUUUUCGUUUAGUUUUGAGUACUGGUCAUUUUUUAGACCUUCAUAACACAGUUUUUGUGCCUUCUGUGAGGCGUAAUUUAAUUUCCCUUUCUAGACUGGACUCUGAUGGUUAUUCCUUUUCAUUUCACAAUGGUAGUUUCAAUUUGUCCAGAGACUCUUUAUCUAUUGGUUCUGGGUUUCUUUCCGAUGGUCUUUAUCGACUUUGUCUCGAUAAUACAUUUAUUCAUAAUACCUAUACCCAUAACCAUGAAAUGUGUAUUGGAACUAAAAGAAACAUGAUGAAUGAACAUUCUUA